GGGGCGGGGCUGGCGGCAUGGCGGGCGGCGCGGCGGGACGGCCGUCAGGGGCCGCGCUGCUGAUGGCGGUAGCGGUGCUGACGGCGGCCGAGCGGGAGCUGCGCUUCAAGGCUCCGCCGCCCGCCGAGGCGCCGGUGCGGCUGUUCACCGAGCCCGAGCUGGCCAGAUACGACGGGCAGCAGGAAGGACAGCCCAUUUACCUAGCAGUGAAGGGGGUAGUGUUUGAUGUCACCUCUGGAAAAGAAUUUUAUGGAAAAGGAGCCCCAUACAAUGCUUUGGUUGGGAAAGAUUCAACAAGAGGAGUUGCAAAGAUGUCUCUGGAUCCAGCAGAUCUUACUCAUGACAUAACAGGACUCACGGAAGAGGAACUAAAGUCACUGGAUGAUAUCUUCAAUAAUGUUUACAAAGCCAAAUAUCCAAUUGUUGGCUAUACUUCUCGAAGAAUUCUGAAUGAGGAUGGCAGCCCCAAUCUAGACUUUAAGCCUGAAGAUCAGCCACACUUCAACAUUAGAGAUGAAUUUUGAUAAAGCAUUUUUGUACCUGGAAAAUGCCUGGGGAGAAGCAUGAUAUAUUUCCUGAAAGGCACAACCCUAUGUACUGGAUAUGUAUACACAUCUACAUUUUCUAAGCAGAAGACUGAUCAAUGACAGCUAAUAUUUGUAAUGCAUAACUGAAAAUAUGAAAGAAAACAGAUCUGUAUUAGUGGCAUACACACAGGGUCUUUGCUCUGAAUGAUGGGAAUUUUUUGAUGUUUUUGAAAGUUCUUUCUGCUUGUAUUUCUUUGUUUGCAAGUACAUUAUGUAAAAUCACAUUUCUUUGCGGAGAAAAGAAAGCCUUUAGGGUUGAAACAUGAAUGGUUUUUUUGUGAAUCCCAAAUUGUUUUUCAUUCUUUGGAAAAGUAAUGCAUUAUCUGGAUGAGCUAACAUUAGUUCUCUGCUUCAUGUGAGUAUUGGCCCCAUGUGUAUAAGGAUGUGUAAUAGAUGCUUGUACUUUAAAAGGCAUCAUAGGUUUAGUAUAUGAUAGGUUUGAGAACACUGGAUAUAAAAACAUUCACUCUCAAAACACAGUUACCAUAGAAUAUUUAUGUAAAGCCUACUGGAAAAAUAUGGUUUUCUCUUUAUGAGAACUAUGUGAUACUUUUUUUUUUCCUGAAAAAAAUAUAUCAUCUAUAUUGGACUAUUAUGAUUUCCUUUUAACUUCCUCCACUCUUCCUCUCAAACAAAAAGGAAAUUAUCACCUACUGUUUACCACAUACUCUUACAGCCCGAGUUUGUUACAGUAUUUUAGAAUCCUUCACACUGACAAUUUCAGGUCUCAUUUUAAAUUUCUGUUAGUUUUUCUUUGUUCUUACUCUGGCUUCAUCACUGUUGUUGUUGCAGUGAAAUGUGCGUUCAUGUGCUGUUUUUCCUUUUUAUCUACUAUAAACCUCCAGGUCCUCAAGGGCAAAACGCAGUAAAGUAAGAGGACAGUACAAGCGUGCGCUUUCUAAAUUGCUGCUGACCACUGAUUUCUAGUAACUGAAGAGGAAUGUGAAUUGUCACAUGUGGAUUUUUUCUAUCACUGCAAUAGGUUGACUUGUCAUGGAAAAACUGCGCAUCUGCUCCCACUUCCUCAAAGAUGUUUUCUUCUACUUCUUUAACAUUUUAGCUGUUUUUGGAAGGAAAUGUAUUUAGAUGAUUCUCCACUUUAGGAUUUGGAUGUUGUGCUGUGAGAAGGGGCCUGCUGCCUGUCAGUUAUAGAAAGUGUUUCUACUUUUUUAAUAUUUAUUCUUAUUUUCACAGUGCUACUGAUUUUACUUUUGUUUUGUAUGUUAUCGCUACACCAGUUAUUAAGCCCUAAGUUUUCCACAGAGCCCAUUCUAUUUGUUGGUGCUCUGGGGUGAAAAAAGUAGGUUUGCAUUUAUGAAGUAAAUACCACUUCAGAUGA